AUGAGGCAGGAGCUCAUCGCCGUCUACAGCAAGUCUUACGCCUCGGGGGACCUCCCAUCCCCAUGGAAAGCGGCGACCAUCGUGCCCAUCCCCAAGGGCAUCGACGGUCUCCAAUACCGCCCCAUCUCGCUGCUGAGCUGCCUGGGGAAGACUUUAGAGCGCAUUCUCCUCUCCCGCCUUCAGCAGGCUGUGGUAGUCUUCAUAGACCUUGAGAAGGCGUUCGAGCUUGCAUCAGCGCCCGCCAUCCUCUCCAUCCUGGCAGAGAAAGGUGUCCGGGGCCGCCUGCUGUCCUGGAUAGGUCAGUACCUACGAGAUCGACGGGCUGCGGUCCGGUUUCAGGGCCACACGUCCUCCGCGAGGGCCUUUGAGAAUGGAACGCCGCAGGGAGGGAUACUGAGCCCGGCCCUAUUCAACAUUCUGAUGGAAAAACUGUCCUCCCUGCCGACGACGCCGUACUCAAGGGUCCUGAGCUACGCGGACGACAUCGCCUUGGUAGCGUCGGGGCCCAACCACAUAGCCAGCGCACGGCUCCUCCUCCGCCGCCUCACACACAUGUGCGCGUCUCUCGGUCUCGUCAUCAACCGAGAGAAGACGAAGGCCAUGGCGCUCCGCUACCAAAACCUGCCCGAGCCCUUCGACCUCGACGGAAAGCCAGUUCCCUGGGUGCAGACGCAAAGGUACCUAGGGAUGCUGCUGGACGCCCGCCUCGCGUUUACUCCCUACAUGGCAGACAUACGGCGGGCCAUGAAAACCCGCACCAACAUCAUGCGGGUGCUGGCACGGCCAACCGGCGGCGCAAGUGACCGAGUGCUCCGAAGUUUUUACGUCCACGCAGUGAGGGCAUGCGUGGACUAUGGAACGCCGUGCCUUAUGACAACUGGCCCUGGCACCUUACACACGCUGGAAACGGCCCAAAACUCAGCCCUACGCGUCAUUCUCGGGGCGCCCCUGUGGACAAAGUGCGUUUGCCUCAGGGCGGAGGCGCGCAUCAGCAGUGUUGCCACGAGGGUUACUCAGCUCUCUGUCGGCCAUCUGGCGACGCUGCUGCGCCACAGGGAGGAUGAGCCACUGCGGGCCACAGUGGAGAGGGCCCUCCCACGAGCACCUGUUCUGUUCCGCAGGAGGACGUGGGCCAGUGUUGCGGCGGACAGGCUGAGGACCAACCCUUUGUCCAGCGGGUUUCUGAGGAGCCGGGAUGAGCCUCACCCCGACUACUCCGCCCCUGCCCCCUGGGCGCCACCCACCUUCACCACCACCAUCAGGCCGCUGCCAGUGAGAAAGGCCCAGCUGCAGGAACAGCGACUGAUGCGGGAGGCCUUGAGCAGGGUGACAGACGCGGGACGGCCCCACGCGUCUGUGUACUACACCGACGGAUCGAUUAACCACCUCUCUCGGACUGUCGGUGCGGCUUUCGUCGCGGCCGGAAACACCGCCCUGUUCAGGCUGCCGGACGGGUGCUCCUCCACUCAGGCCGAGCUAGUGGCCCUCCGUCAGGCUCUGCGCCAUGAUGUGGAGGAAGGCAGGGGCCACACCACCAUCCACUGUGGCUCCGUGCCGGCUAUUCAGUCGCUCCUAAAUGAGCCGAUGCCAGACAACACCGCCCUCCUCACCGGAAUCCACGUCCUGCUUCAGGCGAUGGAGAGGGCUGGACGCCAUGUCCAUAUAAACUGGAUCCCCAGCCAUGCCGGUGUCCCGGGGAAUGAGGCGGCCGACCGGGCGGCCAGUGAGGCCACGCUGCUGCCGGCGGUAACGUGCCCUCUGCCGCCGAGCGUGUCCUCCCUCAAGAGGAACAUGGCAAGACACGCUAAUGCCGCAAUAAUCAAAGAGUUGGAGGAGGCCCGUGCAGCGGGCUCCCCAUCCGCCCGCUGGUACACGGAGGCGACCAACUCGGGCGACCGCGCAAUGCCACCGGCCCUUCCCAGGCUGUGCGCUUCUGUUGAGAUGUGUGAGACUGAAGAGAAGAUGUUCUAUGCCAAACUCAACUCCGUAUUAGACCAGUGCCCUCCCCGGGACACACACAUUAUCCUGUGUGACUUCAAUGCAAGUACUUCAUGUGACAGGAUUGGCUAUGAGCUGUGUGUUGGUUAUGGUGCCAGGAACUCCAACAGCUCUCUCCUCCUGAAUUUUGCAAGAUCCAAGAGGUUGAGAAUCACAGGUUCUUGGUACAAGAGACCAGAGAUGCACCGCUGGACUUGGUGA